GACCGUCCUGAUUUCCAUAAUAGAAGAUUUCACCCCAUCCUGUGCUUGUAUAUUUCGAUUCUCUGAUCUACCUUCGACGACUAGCUGAGCCAAAACCCUCUCAUUUCUAUCAUACCUGCUGAUGCUGUAUCGGUUCCUUUCCUUGUAAACUCCUUCCUAUUACUUCUAACUUAUCUUUGGCUCACACCUGGUCACCUUAUUGUUGCGUUCCCCAUGGCAACCUAUCCUUUCAUUCCAUAUCCCACUGAGGAUGAAUGGGCUUCGCUCGACAGCUACCAAGCAACCACUCGCGACUUCGAUGGUACGCCGUUUCUCCUGGUAGGAAGACUCAAUGAAAGCACGCCACGACCUGGCACUCCAGUCUAUGGAAAUGCUAGGGCUCAGAUACGCAUGUCAUCGAAGAGAGGACCAAUCCUCGAGUACCCGGCGAAGCUAGUCGAUGACAAUGGCCGGCCAUUCUGCACUGUAGACAUUCCUCACUACUGUCAAGACGAUGCAGAUACAAUCAGCAUUCCAAAAUGUAACUUGUUCUCGGCAUUAGAUACUGAUAUCCCGCGGAAGCUUUACAAUCCGAAUAAUCUGACUGCCACAACAACACUAUGGAGCAUCAUUGCAGGCCUGCUGGAGUCGCAAGAGAAGAAUGUGCGCUUCAGCCUGAGAUGUGAGAUGCAGAACAGAUACCCUCCUCCGUCUGGACAGCCACCAAGGAAACUUAGUGCUUUGCCGGAGGCUCGCAAGCCAUCCGCUUUGGCCAUACCGAGUCCUGUUGAGGAAGCUCUAUCCGUGAUCUCAUCACCUCCGUCAGAACCUGAGUCCCGAAGAGAGCCAUAUCUGGAGUCUGAAAUCGAGCCCGUGGCUCUCUGUCAAUGCGGUAAUCCACUUCCUCCUCGAAAGGCGGCGACAUUACCUCCAGAAAUACCAUCGAGGAGAGAGAGUGUUGCUCGGAUUGCUUCUCCCCCAAGAUCACCAAUGGAAGCUUCACCCACACCGAGUGUGCCACAAUCUGUCCAGCCCUCUCGUCAUGCGAGUCUUAUGUCUGCUCACCCACAGUCCCGACAGCCCAGUAUCGCACCACCAACACGUCAACCAUCGACAUAUGAGCCAGUUUCUUCGCGGCGACCGACUAUCGCACCUCAAACUCAACAGCCUACCAUCAUUGCAGACACUAUGCCUCUACGACGUGCGACUACAGUGCCUGCAUCUCGGCAGCCCAGUCUGGCUCCUGCACGUGCGCCUUCACGUCAACCAAGUGUCGCACCUGCAGUAGAUAAAUCUCCCUUCAGUGAUCCACUACAAGGACCACCUCAAAGACGCAAGAAAGUGCCUGGACACGGGACCUCGCCUGCUUUGGCACCGUCUGUUUCGACCGAAUCAAAUGAUACGACUCUGCCAGACGUGCCACCUCCACCAACACCUCCCCCAUUGCCACCUGCUUCUGCUCCGACUGGCACGAUCCACCCCCGGGUAUCUAUAAUCCCUCCACUCCGCCUCGCAAGUCGCGAGCCUACUCUAGUAGGUAGUCCAAAAGUUGCACCUGCUCUCGAAACCUCGCUGACCGAGCCCGCAUUCCCUUCGCCACCGCGGAUAGGUCGUGUUCCAACAAUUCUUUCCAAACUUCAGAAUCAGCCUGACUUUGAUCUAAAGCCAACGCCCGGUCGUCGUGAGUCCGCGGUACCCGCAAAGAAGCUGCCUCCGUUGACACGAGAUGAUCGCGAUAAAGCGUCGCCUCUAGACGAUUUAAGGAAAGCGCUAAAGAAUCGACGGCUGAAUCAUCGACAACGGAAUGUCAAUGAUGAAACUUUGACCAUCAUGACAGAAGCUUUAGCAGCACUGGAGCAAAGUACGAGAAGUGCGCUAAAUAUCAAUGAUCAAAUGGAUGACGAGAAAGCUAUGGAGGUUAACAAAGAAGUUGCACAGGAUCUUGAACGGUUAAAGCAGCAGUUUGGUGAGGACCUAGUAGGCGCACUGAAGAAAUUAGAUGACGGCGAGUCUUGGUGA